CCUUUUCGGUUCUUGGAGCUUUCACGCUCCCUUCGUCUUCUCCCACCUUAAGCCCAUUUUUGCCUUUCAAGCCAUCCGUACGUGAUAACACGGGCGGCACCGUCUUCAGGCCGCAGAAAUGAUAACGGGUGCGCGCUGGGCUAAACUUAGGCGCGCACCAAGCCCUGCAGCAUUCAUAUUCUUCACCCUUGUUGUCAUGCUGUCAUGGACCGUCGUGCCAUCCUUUGGUGCGUCAGACAAGGAGAUACUCAUGAAGUUUAAGAAGUCAUUAACGCAUGCAAACGCUCUCAGCUACUGGGACCCUAAAGUAAGCCCGUGUGAAGGAAACAGGGGAAAUUGGGUUGGUGUAAUUUGUGUCAAAGGGAGUGUUCGGGGUUUGAUGAUCGAAAAUGGGGGAUUGACGGGUAAGAUAGACGUGGAUUCUCUUGUUUCCUUGCGUCACUUGACGACCUUAAGCUUCAUGAACAAUACGUUUGCAGGCCCAUGGCCUGAUAUUAAGAAACUAAGUGCAUUGAGAUCGGUGUAUUUAUCGUAUAAUCAUUUUUCUGGAGAGAUUCCGGAUGAUGCCUUUGCCGGUAUGAGUUUCUUGCAGAAAGUGUUUUUGGCAAAUAAUGAGUUUACGGGGAAAAUUCCUUCAUCCCUUGCUGCCUUACCUAGGCUUUUCAUGUUGGGACUUGCUGGAAACAACUUUGAAGGCCAAAUACCCAAUUUUCAACAGAAGAAUUUCAAGGAGUUUAAUGUCUCUAACAAUAAUUUGGAGGGUCCGAUCCCUGCCAGCUUGAGCAAGAUCAAGUCGGACAGUUUUUCAGGCAAUGAAUAUCUAUGCGGCCCACCUCUAGAAUCAUGCGACUCCUACCGUAAGAGACUGCCAGUUCUAAAAAUGGCCCUUAUUGGGAUAAUUGUAGGACUUCUCAUAGCAGUAAUUGCUGCACUUUUCUUCAUAUUCCACUUGAAAAAGAAAUCACCACCAGCAGAUGGAUCAUUAAAGUUGAAAGACAAAAACAAGGUGAAUGUUGCUUCCAAUACAGACAUAGGAGUGGAACAGAAAUUGACAGAGAAGAGUGGGAAUACGAGGAAAGCCGAAUAUGGGAAGUUGUCGUUCUUGAGAGAGGACAGAGAGAAGUUUGGUUUGGAAGACUUGCUCAGAUCCUCAGCUGAAGUUUUGGGGAGUGCGACAUUUGUAUCUUCGUACAGGGCCAUGAUAAGGGGUGGAAAAUCCAUGGUGGUAAAGAGGUACAAGCAUAUGAACAAUGUGGGAAGGGAGGAGUUAGAUGAGCAUAUGAGAAGGCUGGGAAAACUGAGUCAUCCCAACUUGCUGCCUCUUGUGGCAUAUUAUUAUAGGAAAGAUGAGAAGCUAUUGAUUUGUGACUUUGUUGAGAAUGGAAGCUUAGCUAGUGCCCUUCAUGGCAAUCAUAACGAAGAACAACCUGCACUAGAUUGGCCAACCCGUUUGAGAAUUAUCAAAGGCAUAGCUAGGGGCUUGGCUUACCUUUAUGAUGCAAUCCAUAGCCUAGUUGUACCCAAUGGACAUCUGAAAUCUUCGAAUGUACUUCUAGACGGAUCCUUCAAUCCUUUAUUGACUGAUUAUGCUCUAACCCCUGUGAUCAACCAAGAUAUUGCCCAAAAGACCAUGAUUGCUUACAAGUCACCUGAGUUCGCGCAACAUGGCCGGAUAACAAAGAAGACCGAUGUAUGGAGCUUCGGAAUACUGAUCUUCGAGAUUUUAACAGGAAGGUUUCCGGAGAACUAUCUCACACAAGCUCAUGAUCCUAAUGCGGAUUUGGCUUCUUGGGUCAACACAAUGAUUAAGGAAAAGCGGACGAGUGAAGUGUUUGAUUCAGACAUGGGAGGAGCAAAGGAUAGUAAAAGUGUACUUGUAAAGCUUUUGAAGAUUGGAUUGAGUUGUUGUGAGGAGGAUGUGGAGAGAAGAUUGUGUAUGAAAGAAGUUGUUGAGAGGAUUGAAGAGUUAAAGGAGGGAGAAAGCGUGGGAACGUAUACUUCAAAUGUUAGCAACGAUAGGGAUCAUGUAUAUUCCUAAUUCGGUGCGUAAAACUAAAACAUUAAUGACUUCUCCAUACCUUAGGUUUAAUUUGGGAUUUUACUUUUGUAUCAUCUUUGCGUACAUUAGAAGGGUAUUAAUUUGUUUACACUUCAUAGAUUGAUGUUUUGAGUAAAAGUAAUGCUAUUUAUCACCCUUUUAAUUAUCAUCAUAUAAUCAGAAUAAUGUGGAUAUUCGAGGGGACUCAAAUUUCUGAUGCAAGAAGAUCCGAGUCAGAUGAUACUGAGUUGUCAGAUGCAUGUUGACUGGGCUGAAAUACCUUGAGGUGGCAGAUCAGCGCAAAGAGGACAGGAAAUCGUGAUCUUUCCUUGAUUGGUGUAGUUUUGGGCAUGCUUCAAUAUUUUGAUCAUAACUUUGGUUACAAGUAUCAGAAUCGCACAUAUGAUCCCAAUUCGGAAAGCUCUUUUCGGCGCGCACGUUGUACUACGCUUGAUGUGCAUCAUUUUUUAGACCAAAUUCCACUGUAUUUCCCUCUGAUUUCCUAUUUUUAGUUAUUUUUUAUCUUUUAUGGUAAUAUUUCAUUUACUGUUUUGGAAGUGAUUUUGAACUCGAUUUGAGCCAGAUUUUUGGCAGAUUAUUUCUUUUAUUACGUAUUUAAUUUUGGCAUGAUUAUUGGGAUUUAAUUUGUUAUUUUUUAUAAAAUUCUAAUACAGUCGAUUUUCAGUUAUUACAACCCGGCUUGUGGGUUGAUUUGAUCAUUCUUGAAUAUUGAUAAUUUUGAAUUGAACAUCAGAGUUAUUUUUC